CUCUUCACUCCAUUCCUUCUUCAUUUUCCUCCACCUCUCCACCAUCCCUCUUCCGACUACGGGCCAUGUCUGUUGGUGUGCCCAGAACGGCACAGUUAUUAUUCAUCUUCCAUUAACACCUUACACUCCCCCUUCGUACCCAUGACCUCCAUUCACUACCCCAGCGGAAUGGAACACAUCCUUGCAUCGCCCGUCCAUGUUGAUGUUUGGACAUCUGCUAAGCACCUAUCCCUCAAAGACGCAAGAAUAACAACAGUGGAAUCACCGACUGCUGUGAGUGCUGAUACAGAAUAUACCCUCACAGUGACAUCCCCGUCAACAACAAUGGCCACAACCACGCCACUACUCUCGCCUUCAGAAACCUUGACAGCAGUCCAUUCAGAGGCCACGACCCUGUCACACACUCCGGGGCCUUCAAAAGGCCAACAACAAGACAUCGACCAGGAUGCUGUCAUCUGGCAAGUGCUCGUUGAUCUGGAUCGGUUUGUGGUAGAAGCCAGGAAGGACCAUGUACUGCUCGCCGCAGAGAUCGAGGACCAAAUGAGCACUCUGGAGGGGCAUUGCCACCAGCUCGGACUUGAUCCAGCCAACAUCACGCAUCUCCUGGUCUUUCCUUGCACUGCGCCCAUCACCCUGACCACAAGGCAAGCGCUGCAUCGAGCCUGCGAUGAUCUUUAUCAGGAUAUCCUACGACGGAAAGAAAGGAUCGAGCGAUGGGUCUCCAGGAUCAUUACCAUCGCUGAGAAUAUUCGAGAGUCGCCAGAGCAAUACCUAGAGACGACAAUGCCGCCAAUGUCACGAGCACGGAUCCUACAGCUUGAAAGGACAUAUCGCACACUGGAGAAAGAAUGGAUGGAGCGGUUACAACGGUUUCAAUCAAUGGUUGGCAUGCUCCGCAUACGAUGGGACCAGUGCGCGUAUAUUCCAGCGGACGACUACGAUCAUGCCCUGUGCAAACUCUUUCAGCUUGCAGAAUUGGAGAAUUCAACUAUGGAGCCUUCCUACUUGCAGAUCGAAGCACCCUUGUGCCUUUCCAAGGAAUGUCUAUCGAGCCUUUCAAUAAAACUGGUGGAGCUGGAUCAGAACUUUUAUACUCGCCAAUCAAGGAUCAGAGCCAUGGAGCAUGUCCUUGGCUUAAUAUACCAGGAUCUUGGGACGUCGACCGAGAAGAGAGUCGCCUUCAGGAGCGAGGCAACAGUUAGAUAUGCAGCAGAGCUGGGUAGAGAGUUGAAGGCAUUGCAGCUAGAGCUGACAGCUCGCAAGCUGUACCAAUCAGGAGAGCACUGGAAUGCGCUCUCUGCUGUAUGGGACUCAUGUCUUGUCAGCGAACAGGAACGAGAGAGUUUUCGAUCAACUAUUGAACAGGAUGAUGUAACAUUCAUGGAGAAGCUGGACAGAAUACAAACUGAGAUCGAGAACUGCCACGUGCGAUAUUCAAAAUCCGGGGCGGUCUACAAACUGAUGAUGACGCGGAGUAGCCAUAUCGAGAAAAUGAUCUCGUUCGAGCAUACAGCAAGGGACCCGAAACGCCUCUUCCAAUCCUCGUUCCAGCUUGUGGAGGAAGAAAAGUUCAGGCGUCGUGCUUACCCCACGCUUCUCAAGCUCGAAAGCACGUUGAUUCAGACCAUUGAAAAGUUCGAGAAGGAGCAAGGGGAGAGCUUCAUGUAUGAGGGCGCCCCGUAUCUUGAAACGCUUCAGGCUGAGAUCGAGAAGCGACAUGUUAACGAGACAGUAUUCGCAAAGUUCACACCAAAGAUCGCUGCCCCAACCAGAAGUCAGACUAUCCAAAUCAUGGGCAGACCCAUCUCACCUGGUCCUGCACCAACAAUUUCCGCACCAACACCUCGACCAGCCAAUGCCUCAAGGAUUUCAAGCUCUUCCAUCUGCUCCUUGGAAAGCAAAGGAAGAUCUAGUACACUUCCAGUCCAGACACCGUCAGCACUGUCUUCGUCGCGAGAGUCCCUUCCUGACCUUGUCAAAGAGCAACGGAACAAUGCUCAGGAAGUCGAUGGCGGAUUCGCAUCCUCUCUCAAGUCGUAUCUUCUCUCACACCAGCGGGGUAUUUCCGGGACGUCAACGACUUCAGUAAAUUCAACCCAUUCGCUCAAGUCCAAAUCAUCUGCAUCCUCCUUGUCCCUGGUAUCGACUUCUCCAUCGGCGUCUGUGUCCACUUCGAAUUCGCCCAUGAACGAGCUCGUCAAUGGCGCAAGCUCAUAUUUCGGAUCAUUUUCGUCGUCGUACCUGCCAGUCGAAACUCAAGCGGCGCCUCAAAAGUACUGGUAA